AUGGCUCAAGCGAUCAAGAGCGCUCUUCCCACCCACCUCAAGUCCCCCCUCGGCGGCCAGGGCAAGAGCGAUGAGGAGUUCAGCUCCCGUCACCACGGCAAGACGAGAUCCCACAUGGCUUUCGAGAACACUUCCACCAGCGUUGCUGCUGCCCAGAUGCGCAAUGCCCUCACCCAGCUUUCUGAGACCGUCACCGACCCCGAGCAGAAGAAGCUGUUCGAGACGGAGAUGGACAACUUCUUCGCCCUCUUCCGUCGCUACCUGAACGACAAGGCCAAGGGCAACGCCGUGUAA